CUUCUGGAGUGUUAAGAUGUCGUUCUAUACUAUACUGUGUUGUAUUCCUUUUAUUAGGUGAGUGGAUGGUAUGAAAGUAAAAGUACACAACUCCACAAAUUCUAUAAACUCCUCUUUCACACGGAACUGGAUGAAUUCGGAAUCAUAUUUAAAUUUGCACAAUCUUGCUCUCUCAUUGCGUUCACAAGGGACGCAUGAAAUUGGACGAAUUUGAGUACAGAUGAGCGUAUCAAUUCCCGUGUGAAUAAGCGUGAUAAGAGAAAUUUGUUUAGUGUUCUGAAUUCGUCCAUCCUCGUGUAAAGUUUCCUAAACCAUUCACUUAAUUUGGGGUUUCGGUGACUCAGUUGUCAGAGUGAGUUUCUAUCGUGAGUUCGAGUCGAGAUGGCAGACAAUGUACCGUUUGUACUUUCUUCAAUCGAUAGCUCAAUGGCUAGACCAUAUAUAAGUCUAUUGAAUAUGCAGGAUCGAGUCUGACUACAAUCAACUUUAUGUUGAUAAUAUAGUGUUGGGUUGCACUAUAUGGUAUAUAGCAUAUUCGCAUGAAGAAACCUGUGUACUUGGAGAAAACUUGAAAGUGCUCUUCCCAUACUGAACAACUGAGGUGAAAUUAUAAUCAAACAAGUGCACAUAGCAGGAAUGCUAGUCACAGAGUUGACAGACACAUGCGCCAAUCACUAUGCCUACAACACACCAAAUCUCUUUAGUGGCUGACUCCAGCGAACCUUUCCAGGCUAUUGCUGCAGUGUGCAACAAUACAUGACUUAAGAUUUACACUAUGCUAUCUUUAAAAUCUUCAACUGUCAGUGAAGGUAGUGCCAAUAAUAUGAACAAGCUUUCGUUGCUAGGAAUACAACUACCUGAAAAAUAUAAGGAGAAUUUCGACGUUUCGAGCGAAGGCCCUUGUCUGAACGAAGCACCAUCGCUCGAAACGUCGCAAUUCUCCUUAUAUGUUUCAGGUAGUUGCAUCCCCUACCAACAAAAACUUGUUCAUAUCUUUAAAAUCUACCGAAGCAGUAAAGUGAGGUAUAACAUAAGCUGACAAGUGUAUAUUGCAGGAGUCAAACCUCAGAGAUGAAAAGACCAUAUACACUAACCACUAUACCAUCAACACUUUCAAAAACCUCUACCCGUGAAAUCUUCACUUCUCUUUAGCGUUCCUGCAUGAUCCAGUGAUCAGCGAAGAAGCACAAUGCACGAAAUCAACUCUGAGAGACCACCUCAGAAAAUCAUUCAAAGUCAUGAAGCUUGGUCGAACAAGGAAUAUAAGAUCCUGUAUCAAUUUAUGUUGUUCGAGAAGGAACUGUGACUUGGCCUUACUGCGGAAGACUAGGUGUUAUGGUAUCUCAUGUUCACAUCACGAUCUCUGUAGAAGCAUUCUGAAUGGACUGAGGGAAAAACGACAUGAGAUCUCAAAACGGAGUGUGGACGACACAGAGGGUAGGGUAGCAAAAGUCAAUAGUGAUUCAAUAUCUACUCCAGAUUGUUUCUUGUAAUCAUAUUUUCAUAUCCGUUCACAUGAGGCCGGAAUUAAGUAACUAAGAGCUGAACUCAAAUUGCAAUUGUACAGUAUGUUUGCAUGAGCCUGGUCGGAAAUCAUUUUGCGGCCUGGCAAUUUAUCCAACGGGAUGACUUCAGUUUAGUCUUAGCGAUUUUCAACUCUGUCUUAGCUGACCCUAAUUUAAUACAUAGGCUCACCCAUCAAAGUCUUUCAUAGAUAAUAUAUUAUUUCUAACACUUAUGAACCAAUGAUCGAAGCUGCAAAGUUCCCGCAUUGAUGAGAAACGUGUAACGAAAAAAGUUCGCUUAACACAAUCAUACGCGACAUAUAUGUCCAAAAUGCAGUCCCUAUAGAAUAAACACACACAGGGAUCCUGUCUAAUAUAUUUUUCCUCCUCGUAGAUAUCCAAUCAGAUUUCUCUCACCACCCAAAGCAUCACGGCUUUUGCCGUCAUAGAAGAGUCGUCCCACACCAUAUCUUUCUCGAAGGUGGACGAGGUGUUUCAAAAUUUCAUAAACUGGCCACGGAUGUAAGCAGUAGCAGAGAAUGCAAUCAGCACUGUUGUCAGAGAGCAGAUUGUUCUCUUGCUUUUAUCAUGAGAGAUAAAUGUUAUGGAGUUAUUUGCCCAGAUGAUGGUGAUUGUGAAUCUGGAGAGGGGAAAAGAGUGCCAGUGCAUCUGGAGAUAGCUUUGCUUGAGAGACGAGGUAUGAGCUCUAUGCAUAACUGGAGUAAGGGAUGUCUUUUAUGCCGUGUUUACAUUACAAGGUAGGCCUCGCAUUGGCCAGGUUUUCGCUUUACUGAUUGGCCGACUAGUUCAGUCAAUCAGGGUUAUAUAAUUAGCUUAAUUAGACCAAAGCCUGUCAUAGGACUGUAGUGCAAGUACGGCUUCACACGUUUGCUGUUUGACGUUUGUUGUUUAAUAUUUGAUGUUAAUAUAGAUGAUGUCAUAUAUUUAUUAACUUCUUUACGUCUUUUAGGAUCGUUUGGUGAGGCAAGUAGAGUUGUAGAUUCUGAUGUGGAUAAAAAACCAUCAUUAAGUGAAAGAAGGCAUCAUCAUCAUCACCACCACCACCACGAUGACCCCGCUGAAGACGAUACGAGUUACAACCAAGAACACGAAACACAACUACCACAGAAACACCACUUACACGAUGGUUCUACAAUACCAUUGCAUCACCAUCAUCACCACCAUCAUCACGUUCAUAAAUCGACGUAUAAUCCGGGAGUGAGGGAGAGUGACAGUCAGAGCUCGAGUCAGGAAUCUGAUCACAAGAGAAGACAUGUUAAAACUCAUAGACACCAGAAUUCUGAAGAAAGAGAGGACAGCAACCAAGAUAAUGAAAAUGACAAUUCAUAUAAGCACAGAGAAGGCGAGCAUCACAGACACCAUCACAGAAAGAUGAAUAUGGAACAUGAAAAGAUUAACAGAAUGUAUCAUCAUCGGAACAUGGAACAUGGUACUAAUCACGAUUCUAAUGAGAGAGACGAUACUAUCGAAGAACAAAGCAAGUCACAUAGGCAUAGAGGCCAUCACAAACAUGUUAAAAUGAACUCAGACAUGAAGUAUGACAAUGAAGAUAAGGAUAGUGACAUUUCAAGUAGGCAUAGCAUUAGGAAACGAAAACACAACAGGCAGGACAAAAUGGAUUCUUUUGAAAGUCCUGAAGAUGACAGAGGUCGCGAUGCUCCAUUAAAGAAGAAACAUAGAAAGCAAGAACGUCAUAAAAGUGGUGGCAACAGUGAAGGCAAUGAUGAUGAAGAGGAACAGUCGGGAACACACAGAAGAAAGAAAAGCAGACCACCCAAACACCAUCAUCUGGAUGAAGUUAAUCAUAAGCAUGAAGAAAAAUCUAUGAAUAGUGAAGAUAUCAUGGAAUUUGGUGAUAAAGAUAAUGAUGAUGACGAGAAUGCGAAUGGAGAGAAUUUUCCUAGAAAACAUGAUAAGGUUGACCAUGAAAACGAAAGUUCUGAGAAUGAGGAUUUUGAGCAUGAACAAAGAAAAGAGGAUCAGGAUAAAGAUAUGAAUAAAGAUGAAGAUGGGAGCGAGGGAACAUUUACAAAGAACAAAAAUCGACAUGAAGACUCCCACGAAACGUCUCAGGAAAAGACGGACUACAAGAAACAUCACCAAACUGGGAGAGAAAGCUUAUCUAGCGAGUCGAAAAUGAGAAACAACGAAAUGCAGGAUGGAAGUGAAGAUGACGAUGAAGAAAGCCCAAAAGAACAUAAAACCAGAGGUGAAGAAAAGGAAGACUAUUAUGAUGAAGAAAUGAAUGAUGAAGAUGGUCACUUUGGCAGUGGAGAGAACGAGGAGGAAAGAAGUAAAAUUGAGCAUGAAAAGGACAGUAACGAGGGAAGAGAUGAUAAUAUGAAUGAUGAUGAGAUGGAAAAUAGAAAGAAUAUAAACCAUCGAAAGAAAGAAAAGGGUAGAGUGGUUGAUUAUAACCACAACCAUGAUCAUGAUGAGGAUGAUAUACAAGCCCAAACUAAUGAAUAUCAUCAUCACCACCAUCAUCAUGACGACAAUGUUCAAGACCAAAAUGAUGAUAAUACAAAACAUGAUAAGAAAGACGAAAAAGAACAACAUCAUCAUCACCACCAUCAUCAUCACAAUAUUCAUGAGGACAAUGCUCAAGAGCACAAUGAAAAAAUUACAGACCAUUACAAAAAAGAGAAACAAGAGAUGAAUAGUGACCCUGACAUGAACGAAAUGAAAACCACAGAUAAUGAAAUGAGUGGUAAUAAAAUAAAUGAACAUCAUCACCACCACCAUCAUCAUCAAAAGAAAACAAUAAAGGAACACCAAGAAAGGACGACCAUCAAAAACCAACAUAAGGAUAACUAUCGACAAAAUGAAAAUGAAUACCAAGAGUACUCUGGAAGCGGUGAUGACUCGGACAACGAAAAUAUUAUGUCUCAGAACUAUGCUCAUAGGGUGUAUGAACAAAACCAUAAUCACAACCAUGAAGACAGAUCUGAUGACAGAUCUGAUUUCAGAGACAAUGAUGAAGAUAAGAACUUUAAAUCUUCGAAGAAAAAGGCAAAGGAUUAUAAUCCCUCAAAAGGAGAGAAUUAUGAAUCUUCAAAGAAAGAGAAAAAGUCAGAAGAUGUUUUCAAAAACAAGAAGCCCAAUAGUAGAGAAAAAGAGAAAAUGGAUAAAAUUGAAGACAAUGACAACAGUGAAGAUAAAGAAGGCGAAAGGAAUACAAUACAUAACGAAGAGGCCGACAGAAGUGAACCUAAGAGUAAAAUUCACGUUCACCAUGAACAUGACAAAGAUGAUGAUGAACAUGAUAGCAAGGAGAAAAUUGCUAGCAAGGAGAAAAUUUCCAGCGAUGAAGAAAAUAAAAUUGAAAAGAAUAAAAUUAAAGAAAGUAUAAGCAAGAAGGGUAACGGUAAAACGAGUAAACACGAGCUAGACAAUGACGAGAUCAAUGACAAUGAUUCGGAAGAGGAUUCGAAAAAGAACAGCAAUUUCAAAAACAAAGAUGAUGAAUCAGAUAGCAUUACAGAUGAAAAUCAAUCAUCAGAAGAGCACAAAGAUCACAAUAAAGCUGGUAAUGAGCAAAGACAUUACAAGAAAGAAAGAGAAGGUCAUUUACAUAAAGAACAUAGAAAAAAUUAUGACAAUUCGGAAAGAAAGAAUACGGAACAUAUCCAAGGGGAGAGAAAAUACAAUGAACAUCAUGUAGAAAAAGAAACUAAAUAUAAUUCUGAUGUAAAGGAUAGCCAACAGAAAGAAAGUAAAGAGAGGAAAGGUAAACAAGAAUUUGUAAAAGAAGAUAGUGAGAACACUGAACCCAGAAAUCAGAAGCAAGGAGGACCUUUAGAGGUAAACCAUGAUCAUAAGAAUGCUAAACAUCACCAAAAAAAGAUGAAAUCAUCUAACGGUAAAAUAGAAGAUAUAAAAUCGAAUGUGGAUAACCGAAUGAAACACGAGUCAAAUAAGAAUCAAAGAUCGAAAGCAGAUAACAACGACAGCAAUGGCCACACUGACGAUCGUGAUUCUGAUGAUUCUGAGGACAGUAAUGAUGAUGCAAAACAGAACCAUGAAUAUAAUUCAAAAGUUAGUACACACGAUGAACAUACACAUAACAAACAGGAGAAGCAUCCUACAGAAAAAUCACAUGGUUAUUUCGAAUCAGAGAACGAAAAUGACGAUAAUGAUCAGAAAAACCGAGAAAGUCAAACUGAUGGUGUGGGAGAAGCCGGAUCUAAGAAUAACAAUCAUAAGAAAAGCGAUCGGAAAGAUAAUGGUAAUGAGAGGGGGGAUCUGUCUAAAGAUAGCAGUGAAAGUAAGAGUAAUGAAAUGAAAAACAAAAAUUCACAUGCGACUACCUCGGAACACGUAGAUCAUAAAGACAGUGAAGAUAAUGAAAAGGAAAAAGAGUCGAAGAACGAAGAUCACAAGGAGAAUCUGUCUAAGAACGAAGAUCACAAGGAGAGCAAGAGUAAUGAGAACAACAGGAAAGAUGAUGAAAUUAGUUCGGAUCAUGUAGAUCGUAAGGAGAGUUACGGUGAUCACAAGAGCAAGAACAGUGGACGCGAUAAAGGUAAUUCUGAAAAUGAUGAAGGGAAGGAUGAGAGUACAAAUAAAAAUCGUAAAGAAAAUGAAAGUAGCAAAACAGAGGACGCUGAUGGAAUCAGAAGAGAUCAUGUUGAUCAUGGAACAUCUUCAAGCGUUGAGAAAAAAUAUGCUGGCAGUAAGCAUCAUACAAAGGCAAAUAAAGACGAAAACAGUUCGGAAACCAUUGAAGAAAACGGGAUGCAACACUCUGGAAGGAAAAAUGAUUACAAAAAUCAUGAAAACAUCGAGGAAAAGCAUGAAAUUUCAAGUAAUGGCAUUUCUGGCAGUAAGCAUCAUACGAAAGCAAAUAAAGACGAAAACAGUUCGGAAACCACUGAAGAAAAUGGGAUGGAACACUCUGGAAGGAAAAAUGAUUACAAAAAUCAUGAAAACAUCGAGGAAAAGCAUGAAGUUUCAAGUAAUGGCAUUUCUGGCAGUAAGCAUCAUACGAAAGCAAAUAAAGACGAAAACAGUUCGGAAACCACUGACGAAAAUGGGAUGGAACACUCUGGAAGGAAAAAUGAUUACAAAAAUCAUGAAAACAUCGAGGAAAAACAUGAAGUUUCAAGUAAUGGCAUUUCUGGCAGUAAACAUCAUACGAAAGCAAAUAAAGACGAAAACAGUUCGGAAACCACUGACGAAAACGGGAUGGAACACUCUGGAAGGAAAAAUGGUUACAAAAAUCGUGAAAAUAUUGAGGAAAAGCAGCAUGAAAUUUCAAGAAAUAAAAUUGGGAUGACGAAAGAUAAUAGAACAAGUCAUGAUAAGGAGAAUACCAUCAUUCCUUUCAAACAUGAAGAAACAACUGAACAUUUGAAUAAGAACACGGCAAGUGAAGGUACGAAUUCUGAGAUUCAAAAGAAUGGCACUACUGGGAACAAACACAAAAACUUUAUGCACAACAAACUUGACAAUAAAUUUGAAAACACUCAUGAACCGAGUGAAGUUGAAAAUGGUUUCAACAAAGACGAAACAGGAUCCAGCAAGAAACUAACAAAACAGGACGAACAUGAAAUCAGAAAUAAUACUUAUGACAAUAAAGAGAAAAAUGAGCCGUUGGAAAGUGAGGAAAAGAGAAUAACUGGAAAGCAUAAAAAGCGAAAAGAAAAAGUAGCUAUUCAAAAGGUUACGACUGAAGAUGGUUCUACGAAAACAAAUGUGAAUGAGCAUUCGAAAAUGAACCAGGAUCUAACCAAUAACCCACCACCACGGAUCGACGACAAUACGAAUGCCAACAAUACUCAAAGUGCGAUUGAAAAACAAAAUGACAAGCACCAUCGUAAAAAUACUGGGGAAAAUGUUCCUGGUGAAAUAAUUGAUAUUGUGGACAACAAUGAGCAAGAUAAAUCAAACACUGGUUAUCCACAACACAAACCAUUUUUAUAUCACAGUUUAAAUGAAUUGAAAGAAAUAAAAAGCAACAACGGACAAAAGAAGAAGAUGGAGAGGAUUUCACCCGAGGUGAACCAUGAACAUGAUAUCAUGAAAUCAAAUCAAAAUUACACAGAAGCAACGAAGCCAAAGGAAACGGAGGAAGGCAGCGAAGAAGAUAAAACAAGAUUUUUUAAUCAAGAAACUAACGAGUGGAAAGAAAGCUUCAAAGGUGAUCAGGUUGAUGAGAGCGGGAAAUAUUUUAAUCAAAGGACACGAGGUUGGUCCGUAAAUCAACCGAAAACAAACACAGACUACUUUCACAAUUUGACAUCGCAAUGGAAUUUAGAAAACAAGACAAAACCUUCGGAUUUCGGGAAGUACUUUAAUCAGCGAACAAAGACAUGGCUUGGCAAUAAAGUCGGCCAUGCGUAUAGAAAGAACUUGGGUGAUACUACUGGACGUGUGAAGGAAAAAGAUAGCAAUACUUUACAUAUUAAUGGGUCCAUGAAAGGAAAUAAAGUACAGAGUUCAAGGAAGAAAAUCUUAUCUAGCACAAACAAUAACCAUAAAAAACAUAAACAAAACAUUACGGUAUAUAAACCUGUGCAAAAACAUAAACUACAAUCCACCAUUCCAAAAGAUGAGGAAGGAAAAUCUUCACAAGUCAUUCACAACAAUACUAAGAUCCGUGAACAAUUUAAUCUCUCAAAGACAAGUGGUACAGUGAUACCAACAAAAGUCAAGCAAAAGGAUACGAAGGUUAAAAGUGCGUCACAUAAGGCGAAGGAUAGUGAAACAGCUGAAGAAAAGGUGAAAAAUGAAAUUUUGAAACUGAUUGGUGAAGCACCGGCUAAAACAACGUCGUCUCAUAAGAAGGCGAAGAAUAUUGUCCACCGUUUAAUAAAUAAGCCUCUGGAAUCAUCAGUGAAUGUUUCAACUCAUAUUGACAAUAUUUCACCCAGAAAACCUGAAAAUAUUCCACAACCAAGAACUAUUCCAACAAGUCCAGAAAAUAUUACAAAUGCACUACCCCAGCAUCAAGGGAAACCAUAUAAACCUCGUAUAGUAGGAGACAAUAAAAUUCUGGUCGGCAAAUUUCCACAUGUGCCGAGAAAGAAGAAAGUGUUAAAAACUUCAAAAUCCACCACAAAAGUGAAGUCUAAGGAAGAAUUUGAUGCAAAACGUCCUCAUGGAACGAAAAUGAAUUCUUUACCUCCAAAGAGUAAACAGAAAAAUCGUAUAAAUUCAACACGGAAACAAAAAAUUGGUCCACUUUUGAAACAGCCUCAAAGAAAACCAAUUAGACCAACCCAACCACUAGCUAUUCCCAUCAAACAUCACAUAAAGUUUCCCAGAAUACGAAAGAAACCAGUAAACAGCAUCAACCGUGUACGCCCAACAUCACAGCCUGGUGUUCACACUUGGAAAGGGACUCCAACCGUAAGUAGUAUUGGAAAAUACGAUUAUCAAAACUGGAAUAAACAGAACGUCUUUGAUAAUGAGUGGAACAACGCGAAAUGGAAUUCGUACUAUAAUACUUAUGGAAGUAAUUCCAUUUUGCAAACACCAACGAUGAAACCAACUCUUUCUUGGAACAGCAUGCCAUGGAAUUCGAACAGUAAUCAACAGGGGAAUAUUAUUCAUGGUUAUCAGAAUGGCGGAACAGAAGGAAGAGGUCAAGGAAUAACACCCAGAAUCGCACCAAUAAACACAGGUAGGAACGCGAAUAAAAAUUCACAAAUAAAUAGAGUUCACAAUUAUCCCAAUGGAGGAAUAGAGGGCAAAUUUCGAGGUAUGAGACCUACUCUUGCACCAGUCAAUAGAAACAAACAAUUUCCGUUCACUUUUGAUGGUACGAGUAAAAGUGGUAAAGGUCAUCAAAUCGGUGGAAUGGGGAAUACACCUCGAGUGUUAGGGCCUACACUCGCCCCACCAUAUAGACAAAGAGGGUCAUCGUUAAACAGGAAUGGUGGUUUAAAUCAUGGUGGUAAAGACCAGAGCGGUGUACACAGGAUUCCUGUUCUAACACCCACACUUGCCCCGCCAUAUAGACUGGGGGGAUUCCCAUUAACCAAGAAUGGUGAUAGGACAAACAGAAGAGAUUACUGGAAUCAGAAUUUUAAAAGUCCCUUCGGAAGAAAAGGUCCACCAGUUGGUAGUCAUCCAUCGGGAACAGAAACCAAAAAUGGCGAUAUGACAAAUACAAGAAAAGAUUUCUGGAAUCAAAAUAUUAAAACCCCUUCAGAGGUUGGUAGAAACACAUUGGAUAAAACUGCACCAAGAAGUCAUGUUUAUUAUUCAGAGAACAAGCAAAGAGUUUCGAAUCUGACUCAAAAUCAUGUCAUGAAGCCGCCCAGGAAACCAUCAAGUUCUCAAUUGACAGGACCACGUACGUUCGUUCACCCGUUAGGCAACGUAACAUCCCAGAUACCAACCAAAAAUGCUCCUGAUCAACCAGCAUCAAUUAGAAACAAUUAUUGGAAGCAAAAUAAAGGUAAUUAAAUGAUAUCUCCAAAUUCUAAUAUCUAGAUAUUUAUUUGAAUCUUGCUAUAUUGGUCAUAUUUGUGAUACGUGCACCAAUAAUACCACAAAUAUAAAUUCCAUACAAUAUGUCAUAAAUAUUCAUUUCUUUUGGUCUUUUUCUAUUUUAGUAUUAAGUUCGGGAAAGAUGAAUUCUUCACAAGUGCAACACAUUUCAAAAACAAUCCCUAUCUUGAGAAGACCAACACUGCCACCUCAACUCACACGAAAGCCAAACCAGUGGACAAAAACACGGACGACAAGUAGAAUUCACCAUCCAUUCAAAAUUAACAAAAUUGAAUCUUUACAUGGUGAAACAAAAGGUAUUUUGUUUUUCUAUGUUUCAGGGCUGUUCGUUAGUAUUAUGCGCCGUUUAGCUUCUGUGUCUAGUGCUUCCAGUGUUUAAACACUGCAGGUUUUCUAGGGUGUUCCUGCAAACUGUUCUCCCUGGAGCUCUAGAACAGUUUAGAACUGAUCGAGCUAUCCAAUGCAACGUUGGUUAAAUUUAGCGUUCUUCUUGUAGUAUCGUUGAACCAUGCAAUAAGCUAUAACCCUUAGCGGACCUCUAGAGGAAACAGCUUAGAUAAAACUGAUAGAGCCAUCCAGUAUUAACACUCAAGUUAUCAACGCAGUGACUUUUGAUCGUGCAAUAUGCUACCUUCAGACACAGUUAAUAGAAAUAAGAUUAAUUUUUGGCGUUGCUAACUCUCAUUUUAUAGACCGUCUGCAUCCAAACGUCCCAAAAGGAUGUUUCCCAGGAGAAAUCAUGUCGGAAAUGACGUUGGAAAAUGGCCUAGACGCUGGAAACUAUACAAAUCUAGGACGAACUGAGCUCAUGGAUUCGUGCAUCAGUAAAUGUUGUGAGAUAAAGAGUUGUGAAGUGGCCGUGCAGAUGGACAACGUUUGUUUUGGUUUGAAAUGCCAUUCCAAGGAAUCGUGCAAAAUUAAGACGACAUUAGGAAAGUCGUCGCAUCAUAAACUGUGCUUUCUUUCAAGGAAGAAAAAAGAGAGACAGAAUAUAUUUGGUAAGGAACAUUGUCGUGAAGGAUAUCAGAGUGUUAGAAUCAUCUGAUUUGGGUACAUUGCCAUGUCAAUCUCAGUUUUUACCCACAGAAAAAAGCACACAUUCCCACCAUCUGCUCAGACCAGUUUACUGUCAGGAAGGGGUAAGCGAUUUUCAGAUAGGCAUUGCAUUUGGACCAAAUCAGUUGGGUUGAAAGGCUUGGAUUGUUGCCGUGUGUGACACUGUACUCUUCUUCAUUUUAAUCUACUUCUGAGACAAACUUCACUUAUUCUACAUUUUAGAUUUUGACAAUGAUAUUCUUGGAGAACAAGACGUGUGCCGCCAGGAACAAGCUGUGGGACUUAACUGGAAAACGACAAACGCUGGGACGUUUGAUGAGAUACCUUGCCCAAAGAAAGCCAAGGGUAAAGUGCCAAAUUCGCUUGCUGCUCGAGGCGACGAUUUCUUUGUUAAUUUAAGUAUUUGUUUUUAGGUUUGGCGAAAAGAAAAUGUUCAAUUGAAUCACAUUGGCUUCUACCGGACUUUAGUUCUUGUGUGAGCAACGCAUAUGAAGAAUUGUAUCAGAGGGUUUGUAAAUUAUAGUUGUAUUGAUGAUUUAACUUGGACUGGAUAUCUAUAUCAGUUCUAAACUGAGAGGUCAAGUAAGAGCCUUCUUUCUUAAUGGACUUGUGUUGCUACAGGAAACCUGCGGUGUUUGGUUGAAACAAACAUGGAAGCACUCUUCUCACGUGUGACUGAGAUGAAAUUAUUCCAGGAAUUUUUCAGAUAUUUAACCCUAGCCACAGAGAUGGAAAGCACAUGUACCAAUUUAUCACUGUUCCACAAACACUCCUAAUAGUUUGUCAGGAUAGAAAUCAGGGGUGGAAAAAUAGGCGAGCACUGCUCGCAGGAAAUGUUGAACAGCUGCAAGAAAUUCCUUUGAAUGAAGACUUGCUAUUGAAGAUUGGAAGGAAACCUUAACAUCCAUGUCCCACUAUGGGCGCAACAACAUAUGGUUGACAGACAUUAUUCCUUGAAUUUAAAACCAGGUCAGCUAGAACACCAUAUGUUUAUGCACAUGCAGAUUUAGCACAAAAUACUUCGUUGGUCUGCAAGAAAUUUUUGUCUCCAGGUUGGACUCCCAGGAAGAAAAUUAUUUUUUCCUGCCCUGAUAGCAAUUAGGAAGUAGAGAGACGAAAGUAACUGAUUUCAUCAAAUUUAUUAUACCACAGGCAAAACGACUGGUAUACGGAGAGGAUUCGAGCUCACUUCUGCAAAGUCUAGUUUUAGUCACGACAAGAACUAUAGACAAUUCGUUGAUUUUUGGAGGAGAUCUAAAGAAAACCACUGAGAUAAUGACAGCUAUUGUUCAGGAACAAGGAGCAAGACAAGAUGGAGGGAUUAGCCUGAAAAAUGUUAAAGUAUGACGCAUUCUUUUCAUAAUGAGGAGAAUACCACCAUGUUAUAAACCUCAGGUCCUCAGAAAAAACAACAUGCAUGCUUACUAUCUGCUAUGACCAAUUUAAUUGUUAUUCGAACUUUGCCUUCUAGAAUUAUUUGAUAACAUGCAGUAACCUUCUGGACGACAGCAAUAAACAAGAGUGGAGAAAUAUUCAAAACGUAAGUAAAUGUUUAAAGUAAUUGUGAUGGUAUGGGAAGAUUGGAUAAAAUACUUUGCACAGACAUGACACAACACUGAUGAUUGAUUAGGUUUACCUCAAGAAAAGUUAUGUUAACACCGUCAAGAUACAUUGCUUAUCAUUAUUGCUAUUCUGUUUUUAGGAUGCGAGAGGAUCAGCUGAUAUUCUACGAGAUUCACAGACCUAUGCAUUAAUUGCAUCGUCAAAACUUCCAGAAACACGAACCAAUCUUACUUAUGUUACGAACAACAUAGGUAUAUUUAUGUGAGCUUAGCCGAACUAAAAAUAAAACAACUUUAUUUAUACUGGGUAUAUCUACAACUUCUAACGGUUCUCUCUAGAGGUCCAAUGGGGGAACAGUUCAGGACGCCAACUGGCUCUUCUCGCAUGUGGCUGGUGGAAAUUAUAAUCAGACAACUGAACAAGCUUUCGUUGGCAGGAAUGCAACUACCUAAAAAAUAUAUAAGGAGAAUUUCGAUGCCUCGAGCGAAGGCCCUUCGUCUGGCUAGUAACUUCAGACCAAAAGCCUUCGCUCGAAACGUCGAAAUUCUCCUUAUAUUUUUCAGGUAGUUGCAUCCCUCCCAACGAAAGCUUGUUCAUUUGAUUCGCACUACCUACACUGGCAAAGACAGUUUAAGAUUAUAAUCAGACAACUGCAUAUUACAGGGAUUGAACCUCAGUACAGACAGAAAAAUACAUGCACUAUAACCACUGUGUUACCAUCACCCCACAAGAAUAUAUUAAAUCUUAUUCACUGAUAUUUGGUUUUCACCUAGUUGUACAAAUGAGCUAUCAAGAGAAAGGAUCAAACGACAAAAUAUUCCCAGACUACACCAACACAGAUGUGGCGUUGUGGGACGGAGAGAAAGACAAUAUCAGGUUGCCGAAGUCAGUAUUUAGUAUAGGUGAGUUUAAACCUGAAUACCAAAAAGUUCUAAGUUCCCAAAAAGUCCAGAAAGAUGCCUGAUUAAUUUUAAAGAUGGCUUAUUAAUCUUUUCAUAAUAAAUUCAUAAUAAAAUGAAGACCUGGUCAAACCAACGUUUUCCUUCUUUUCAGGAAAUAUAAAGACUGUGACAUUCAGCUACAAAACCUUACCAGCACUUUUACCAAUGGAUUCCAACCAACAUUUCAGGUAUGACAGAAUAAGUAGAGGAAACAAAAGAAAUGAAUUAUAUAACACCAAUCAUCACCUAAACAUUGAAAUAGUGCGUUCAUGCUAUAUAAACUGCAUUAAUUAAACUGACAAUGCUUUUUUCCUGCAUUCUAGGCAUUCUGAACCAAAUUCCAAAAUCCUCGCAACUAUUGCCGAGCCUCGAAUCCAGGAUAAAAUUACACCCGCAAUCACAAUCACAUUACAUCAUCUGAAGGUGGGUGACUUAUGUGAUAUCUGAACAAACUAUCACACAGAACAAAUUAUCAAAAGUUAUGAAAAGAUAGAGUCAGAGUAAAUUGCCAAUGUUUUCUUACAGCAAAACAGACUAAACCCAAAAUGCGUGUUCUGGGACUUCAACUUAAAGUGAGUGAUUUUACUUAAAAAUUGGAAAGCGCGUACUCUUUGUUUGAAGAGAGAGGACGCCUCAAAGAGUGUUUAACGCCUCUAUUGUACCAGGAUCUGACAAAACUAAACCAACACUGAAUCAAUAAGAAAUCAACUGGAAGUACUCUUCAUGUAGAUUGAGGUGAAAUUAUAACAAGACAACUGCAUAUUGCUAGAAUCGAAACCUCCUUCGCAGAGACGCGAAAGGCACCAACCAUUGUGUCACUCCGAAUAACAUUUUGAUUUUUAAUCGACGUUUCGACUAGUUUGUAGUCAUCCUCGAGAUUGUUAAUCCUGAGGAUGACUACAAACUAGUCGAAACGUCGAUUAAAAAUCAAAAUGUUAUUCAGAGUUACUGUUAUUUUGUAUUUUCUUAAAAUACUAAGUUGUUCCCGUAAUUAUUGUGUCACGAACACCUGGGCAUCACGUCCUAACUGGAAGAGUGAGCAGUCUUUUCAAAAAACCACAACUCCAAUUCAGCUCAGAUUGGGCCGAACUGUUCAGAUUUCUCAUGUCAUUAUUGGAUUUCAAAUAUUUCUUGUAACAAAUCAUGACAUUAGUUUAACAUUAUUUAGCAAAUCUUCAAAAAUCCAUUUUACUACAAUCUAGCCCUGUUCACGGAGGCGCGUGGUCAACUGAGGGUUGUUGGUUAGAGUCAAGUACGAAGGAACGUACAAUAUGUCGCUGUGAUCAUCUCGCUAACUUUGCUGUGCUUAUGAAUGUACUAGACUCUGGUUCAAUGCAGGUACACGACAAAUCACAUCAUUUAGUAUUUAGUUAUUACGCUCGCAGUUUAGAGUUUCGACCGAAAUUUAGUGGCAGUAAAAUUGAUCUGUCCCCUGUUAUAAUUUGAACUAAUGUCAUACUUAUACAUACAGUAGUAUAAUGUGUAUACUUACACAUAUUGAAUGUGAUGAACCACUCCAUUCCACCCAGGCUUCAGCCAAAGAUGAACGUUACUCCAAGGAAAUGGCAGCAAUGUGGAUCUGUAUUCCAGUGUUGGUCGUUCUCGUCAUAGCUGCAUUAUAUAUUGCAUCUACAUGGUAAGAUAAGACAACAAGUUUAAAUAAUGCAUGUUACAAACUUUCUGAAUUCCAGUGAUGCAUUGUUUGUCUUAUUUUAAUGUCUUCUACUUUCAGGUCAAGAGGUCCUCGUCGGCGCACAUGUAAGUCCCGGAGUUCAAUACCGCUGUUAAAACAUACCUCAACAGUGUAUUAGUUGUAGUAAAUUGCAGGUGUGUCAAGUAACAAGGACAUGAAACUCGAUAAUGAUAAAUUCUGUCUUAUCUUUCAGUGAGUGAGAGAUCAAGUCUCCUCAGAUCGUCAGUCACAACAGAUGAAGUUAGAUACGACUAUUCCUCUACACCAUCGCACAAUCUGGAAGGCACCUCUCCACCCAAACUCAAAGAACUUGAGUGGCAGAAUGAGUUUAAUAAAGAUGUUGAAAGUUUGAAGGAUAUUGGACUCACGUUUGACUCAAGUAAUCAGAGGAUGAGGGGUGGACAGGAAAUGGAACAUGACUCUGGGAUAGAAAGCAAUGAUCAUGACGACUCACAUUGUGACUUGUCUUUGAGUCAGGUAUUGAAGAUUUAAAAGAAUGCCUGUACUGGUAAUAAUUCAUCUCUAAUUAGUAGUGAUUAAUCCAUUUUCAUCUCUAAUCAGCACUAAUUAAUACCUGUUUCAUCUUUAAUUAGUGGUAAUUAAUCCGUUUUCAUCUCUAAUCAGUAGUAAUUAUUACCUGUUUCAUCUCUAAUUAGUGGUAAUUAAUAUCUGUUUCAUCCCUAAUUAGUGGUAAUUAAUAUCUGUUUCAUCUCUAAUUAGUGGUAAUUAAUAUCUGUUUCAUCUCUAAUUAGUGAUAAUUAAUAUCUGUUACAUCUCUAAUUAGUGGUAAUUAAUAUCUCUUUCAUCUCUAAUUACUGGUAAUUAAUAUCGGUUUCAUAUCUAAUUAGUGGUAAUUAAUACCUAUUUAAUAACUAAUUAGUAAUAAUUAAUAUCUAUUUUAUCUCUAAUUAGUGGUAAUUAAUAUCUGUUUCAUCUCUAAUUAGUAAAAUUAAUAUCUGUUUCAUCUCUAAUUAGUGGUAAUUAAUAUCUGUUUAUAUCUAAUUAGUGGUAAUUAAUAUCUGUUUCAUCUCUAAUUAGUGGUAAUUAAUAUCUGUUUCAUCUCUAACCAAUAAAAUUAAUAUCUGUUUCCUCUCUAAUUAGUGGUAAUUAAUAUCUGUUUCAUCUCUAAUUAGUGAUAAUUAAUAUCUGUUUCAUGCAACUACUUUCUUUGCAAUUUUCACAGGAAAACUUAGAAAUUAGAGAGGAACAAUUUCAAGGUUAUUUAGAGGUAAUGAAAUUAUCACAUAUAAUUCUGAUUAAAUAUGCUAUAUCAGAUGUACAUCAUAUCAUCCUCAACAUUUUUGAUGUGGGGGUUUCUCAAAGCAUUCCCAGGCAUAUUAACAGUGAAAAGAAUCAUGAAUUAAGUGCUGGUAAAAUACCUGUCAAGUACUGCGGUCCACAAAGGGAUGGGGGCACUCCUGUAUCCACUUUGCAGACUUGUUCCGCAAAGAGGUAGAAACUGAGACAAAAAUAGACAUUAAAAAGUAUGUGAUAGGGUAGGCAGGGGGUAGCCAGAGUCAUAGACAAAUAACGAAAAAUACUUGUUAUUCGUUUAUGACUCAGGCUAGGCAGGGGGUCACUUAAUUUCUUCUGCUUUUUGACAGGAUAUUCAUCAUACAGAAUCAAUCCUAGACAGUGGCAUUACAAGCCCUACUCAUUCACACACAAAUUUUAUCCAGGAGAAGCAAACUAUUCAUCUUGAUGUGGAACGCAG